UUAUGCAGAACACAUUUUCCACUGCCAUCUUCAUACAAAUUAUAGUUAGUGUAGUGGCUAUUUGCUUCACAGGUUUUGUAAUGCUAGAUGUUUCUCUUGGAAGCCCUCAGUUUAUGAGUUCAUUCGUCUAUAUGAACGCCAUGUUCAUACAAAUUUUACUAUACUGUUUUUUCGGGCAUAGUAUUAUGACUAAUAGCGAAGACGUCAAUUUGGCCAUGUACAUGUCUAACUGGUAUAUUUCUGAAAAAAGUGUCCGCAAAACAUUUAUCAUUUUGAUGGAAAGAUGUAAAGCGCCCAUAAUUUUCACAGCAGCCAAAAUUUUCCCCGUGAAUUUGGUGACACUCAGUUGGAUUAUGCGGUCAUCCUAUUCAUUUUUAGCAGUCUUGCGGACUAUGUACGAUCGUGACAAUAAGAAUUGAAUCAGUAUGAGAUAAAUAGGAUCGAGAUACACUUCAUUUUCAGGUUAUUUAGUUGUUUUCUGUUAAGAAUUUCCGAUAUUUGAGAAGUUGUAGUAAACUUAUCUGUUCAAAAAGCAAUUAAUAUAGAUGUGUCAACACGUUCGCAGACAAAAAUACUGCAUAUAUAUUGCACAAUUCUUGUUGUAAAUGACCGAUAUCUAUGUUUAAGAUAAUACACCAAUUGAAAUGAAGGUUAUACACAAAUUGUAGAGCAAUGCACUGAAUCUAUACUAAAAAUAAAUUGAAUUGGUGAAAUCAACACAUUUUCAUUUCUUCAUUGAGUUUUUUGUGAUUCUUCCAUCGUGUACAUUUCUAAGAACAAACAAAAAACAAACAAACAAAAUUUAUUCCAUAUUAUUUUUGGUACAAUAUCUACUAUAAAAAAAAUAAAUCGUAAAGACAAAGGAAACAUAGAACAUACAAUGAAUGCUUGUAUCGUAAUGUUCUAUUCUCUAUUUGGGUAUCUUAAUUUAUUUUUUUAUACAGUGCGAGUUUCGAAAAAUAAUAAUGAUAAUAUUGGUAAUAUUGAGUAGAUGAAUUUGAAAUUUAUCAUAAGAAUUAUUUUAUAUUAGUUAGGUUGGUUAGGAUAAUGGGAAAGAGAAAAUAAGAAAGAAUAAGUAAUGAGUAAUAGAGGAGUGUGUAUCAAUUGAAAAUUGAAUUGAGUGUAUUGCUUUCGAGAAUGAAACUUUUAAUGUUUUGUUUGUAAUUCGCCAUUUUUAUUAUAUGCUUAACUUUUAGAGGUAACAUAUUGUAUAGUUUAUGUCCGAAAUAGAAUAUAAAUCUUUGUGUAUGACUCUUUCUGAAUUUGGGUAUUCUGAUAGAUAGAUCCUCAACAGAUCUUGUAUAUUUUUCAGCAAAAUUUUUUUCGUAGUUCUGUUUGUUUUUGAAUACCCACUGAAGGCAUUGAUAGGUAUAUAGACCCCUGACAUUCAAGAUCUCGGAAUCUUUAUAUAGCUGAUGUGUUGAGAAUAACCUAGGUUUUUCAAUAUAAUUUUCAUUAAAGUGUUCUGUGUUGUUUGAAGUCGUUUUAUUGUUUUAUUAUACAUUUCACCCCAAGCAUUUAUACAAUAUCUCAG